GCCUGGCGCCAGCCCCCCUCUCCCCGACCUCAUCCUAGGGUGGCAUGACACUUUUUGGCAGCAGAGAAGGGUGCUGGAGAUAUCUAGAUAUGGCCCGAGAACCUAAGCUGAGCCAUACCAGGCCCGGUCAGAAGAGGCAACAUAGUGGAGGCCUGUACCACUGUGAUCUGGACUAUGAAGUCUACAAAGAGGAUUUUCCAUACAGGGUCUAUGAAUACCAGAAGAUCCCUCCUCUUAUCAGUCACAUCCCUGUCAAGACCAAGCGAAGCCACCUAGGGUCUGGGGGCAAGAGCACCCUGGGCCUUCACACAGGGUUGAGAAGCAGCAGCAAUGCCGUGGCAGGCCGUACAAAGUUGCGAGCGGAAGAGCUACACUCCAUCAAAGGGGAACUAAGUCAGAUCAAAGUCCAGGUGGACAACUUACUGGAGAGCCUGGAUCGGAUGGACCAAAGGCGGGAGCACCCAACAGGCUCCAAGGAAGGCAAGAAGAAAAACCUAUCCAGUGGGGAGUCCUCGUACUCAGCAGGAGAUACAUCCCAGAAGAAGGAGAGCGCAGCCAGCGACAGACACACCGCUACUACGCAGGAGGUCGACAGUGCCGACGAGAGCACAGAUACCGAAGAGGCGGCAAGAAAUCACACGUUGGACCCCGAGAGCAGCCAGUAAGUCCUUCAGAGCG